AUGGAGACGGCACCCCUUACCCUUGCGCACGCACAUGCCCGCAACGCUUCCGCCGAGAACUGGAAGGCGAACUCCUCGCAGGCCAGCGGCGAACACCAGCAGGCGGCUGGCGAGUUCGCCAAGGCUGCCCAGGGCACCAGCGACCUUGAGGCCUUCCGUGUUCUGAAGCUGCUGGAGAACCACCAUGAGCGUCUUGCCAGCAUCAUCAAAUGCAACCACCAAAGCCCUUCGGCGAAAAACCCGCCCGAGCUCUCUCAAACCACACAGCCGGUCGACGCCCACGACCCCUCUGCCGCUGCCGCGCGCCCGACCUCGCCGCGAAGAACACCACAAUCCCCACCGAGGGCCACCCCGCGCCGCAAGCCUCCGCGAGACCUAUCGUCCUCCAUCGCCAGCAACCUAGCUUCUGCACGUGGCAUUCCUGGAUCGCAGCGCCGGCCCGCGGCCCCCGCCAUAUCAGCACAGCAUGUGGAUGGCAGGAUCCUCAACCGCGCCGAGAGAGCGACUCCACAGGAUUUCAGGAAGGAGGCACCGCAGCAAGCGAGGCCUGUUGCUGAGGCAGAGCCUGCGGAAGGCGGCGAUGAGAAAGAAAAUGCGGAGCAUGCGGCAAAGCAAGGCCCCACAGAUGAGGGUUUCAAGCGCUUUUUCUCUACAUUCGAGACCUUCUACUCGGCGCUUUCAGCACCGCUGGCCUUCGCCGGUCUUCCUCUCAUGACAGAGGAGCUUCAGGAACCCGCCAGCGAGAAGCCUACGCCCAAGCCCGCAGCAGGCAAGGCCUACUCACAGAAUGCAGGUGCUCCCGCGAGCGCGAAAGCAGAUACCAUCCCGGAUCCUUCCACGCUUUUCUCCAAGGCCACAUUAAGAGCCUUGGACACCACACCUGGCGCAGCAGAAAGCUUUAUUGUUGUACCUACCACGGGCGGUACAGUCUCUUAUGCUGGAAUACUUAACCACGCUGGAAACCAGACGCACGGCGGAGUGCCCUCUCCUAUUAUCGAGGAGGAAGAGCGGUCAUUUGACGGAGAGGAAUUCGUUGACGCUAAUGAGGAACCCGCGCCGCCGUCACCUACAACUACACGCUCAGGGCGUCGCGCACGUCCCGGCUCCGCGGGUAGUCUAGCAGCGGCAACAGAAUUUGGCAAGGGGGGCACGGGCCCGGGAGGGAGAAAGACGAUGGAAGAGCUUGAGUUGGAAAAUGCUAUGAUGCGACAGCUCCUCGAUAAGCUGAGUAAACGCUUGCACAUGUGGGAAGCAUCAUCCCAGUCUCAGUCUCUUGCUCUUGCGCAAAGCUUCCGAGCACACAGACCCCCGGCUGGAUCGGGCCCGAGUAGCCAUCCGCAUGCAGUCGGUCACGCGGCAGAUCCAUCUCAGAUGGAGCAACGUUUACGAGAUCUCGAGAACCAAGUGGUUUGCUUGACGCGUGACAAAGAAUUACUGGAGCGCGAGCAGGAAAAGGUGUCCAGGGAGAAUGAGAAGCUUCUGAGCGUUCUGGGACGAUACCGCGAGAAGUGGGAGGUGCUGAAGGCUGGUGCACGAGGACGAAGGGAGCGAGGUGCUGCAGGCAAUGGCGAAGUUGGUGGUACUGGUGUGGAGACAGGAAGUGGGGCCGGGGAGGCACAAAAUGCUGGCGGCACCGAAGCUGACAGAGCGGCGGGCUGA